UCUCUUUUUAAUUAGUUCUAAAAAAGUGAGAUAGAUUAUUCAGAUUUGAUUAUUUGACCUUGUGGUUGAGAUUAGUAAAUUGAUUGGACGAUGAACGUUUACAAUUUGGGCUUAUGUCAAGCGUACUCUUGAACAUCGACGUUGAUUCUCCGAAUAAAAAUAAUCAAGAUUUAUUUCUGUGCACUCGCAUCUUUAACAGAGUCUCUGCGUGGCAUAAAUUGGUCGGCGAAAUGGCCAAAAGCCGAAGUGAAAUCAGAUUUAUUGUGUAUGCGGGUGCAAUAUUCGUAUGCUACUUCAUAUAUGGAAUGUUACAAGAGAAAAUAACAAGGGGGAAAUAUGGAGAAAAUAAUGAGAAAUUCACUUGUACGUUAUCACUAGUUUUAACCCAAUGCAUCGUUAAUUACGUCUUCGUUCAACUUUUAAUGUUGUCAUGGAAGAAGGAAUCAGACUCUACAAGAAAAAUAUAUUAUUUCUCAUCAGCCCUAACGUACCUUUUAGGUAUGGUGUGCUCUAACAUGGCAUUGCAAUGGAUCAAUUACCCAACACAGGUGGUCGGCAAAGCAGCGAAGCCGAUUCCAGUAAUGAUACUUGGUGUUCUAAUUGGGCAUAAAUCCUACCCAAUGAAGAAGUACCUGUUUGUUUUACUGAUAGUCCUUGGAGUAAUCAUGUUCAUGUACAAGGAUCAAGGCAAGAAGAGUGUUGAAGACUCCUCGGGUUUAGGAAUUGGGGAGGUGCUGCUGUUUCUGUCCCUGACUAUGGACGGCCUCACUGGUGCUGUGCAGGAACGCAUCAAGAGUGAAUCUUCACCUUCAGCCUACCUUAUGAUGAUGAACACUAACUGGUGGUCAUCACUGAUACUGUCAAUAGGCGUGUUGUUGAGUGGUGAAAUAUUCAAGUUCUUCGUGUUCGUGUCCACUUAUCCUGAAGUUAUUAUUUACCUCGUCGGACUGGCCGUCGUCGGCGCUAUGGGGCAAAUGUUCAUAUUUUAUAUGGUGGCUGAAUUCGGUCCACUGCCGUGCUCCGUGGUGACCACUACGAGAAAAUUCUUCACAGUUCUAACAUCAGUCAUCAUCUUUGGCAACGUAUUGCUACCAAGGCAGUGGCUUGGAGCAGUCCUUGUAUUUUCAGGUCUAUUCCUCGACAUGUUCUACAGCAAAGGCAAGGCGACUCAAAAGAGAGUGACACAGAAAUGAUGGCUGACGAAUCAGCUUAGAGGCUAACGUGAGCUCCUUCCCAAUAUUACGUAUUGAGUUGUCUUCCAUUUUAAAUUCUUCCUUUGACAUUUUUUUACAAUCAGCACAUGACAUUGAUUAAAGGAUUUGAAUAUGCAUAGAAAUAACAGGGUUACACUGAGAUUAUUAUUUAAAUUUUAGUUUAGACCCAGUUUAUAAUGUAAUAAUGUUUUGCUAUUUUAUAUUGCUUUUUGCAAUACAAUAGAUUCUAUUUUUUCUCAAUAUUUAAAUAUUGGGAUUUGAGCUCUAAUAUUAUACAAGUUUUACUUACUUUAAGUAUUUUAUGGUACAAGGUUGUUAGUGUUUCUUAAAAAAUGGGAUCGCAAAUUCCUAUAGUAUAAUCGUAAAAAACUAUUGACCUGGCUAUGAAUGGAUAGUUAACGUAUCUUGAAGAGUCAGUUGUUAGGUGAUUGGCUGAGCAGUAGAUAUUAUUUUUAUCAAAAACCUGCAGUUUCAUAAGGAAGGCUUAGAAACCUAUAGGUACCAUUUGUUCACGUGCGAAGCCGGGACUGGUCACUACUAUCUAAUAAAAAAUAAUUGUUAAUUCUUCAGCAAAAUUACUAAAUAUUGUGAUACCGUUUUUUAAGAAACCUUGUUAAAACUGCAGCAUAUUUAAUGACUAAGUAGCAAAUGUUUUUAGGAUUUUUAAGUAGGUACAGAUAUUUUGAUACGUCAACAUCAGCCGCUCAUUUAUUACUUUAUAAGAAGUUCCUUCGUUUCUUUGUCAAAAGUGAUUAUAAUUUACAACAAAUUGAACUUAGGGAAUGUAGACUAACUGUUAUUUUCAAAGGAUAAAAUGUUAAGAUGUACAUAUCUGUUUUUAAUGACAAUUUGAUGACACGACAUAAUUUCCGAGACAAAAUAGACUUGACUAAUUAAGAAUUCAUGUGUAUUGAGUUUGGGGCAAGAUCUCUGUAAAUAAAUUAUGUACUCAUGAACACACUUUUUUAACUACAAUUCAUGGGUAAAGUCAUUUUUAUUGAGUGUCGGAAACCGUAUGUCCAUGACUGUAAUUUGCAUUAUUCUGUUGUGUAAUUUGGAGUGUGAAAGAAAAUACAUUUUGUAUUUAAUAUUAUUUUUGGUCACUACCGAACAUUUCUGAAUUCGACUAAUGACUGUUUUAUAUUGACUACUUCUAAUUUAUCUUUUUGUGACUAUAUUAAAGGGGAAUUAGAAAUCGCAAUGAAACACAAAAUCUGAGUUUGGAUUGAGAUUAUUUACUAACAUUUUGAACACCACCUUGAUUAUAAAAAUGAGUAGGUUCUCAUUGCCUUUAACAAUGAUCUUUAUCUCAACAAAAAUGUAUGGAUGGAUGCAUUAAAAAAGGUAUUCUUGUCUAUGACCAAGAUAAGAAUCACUUUUAGGAUGGCCACAGUAACAUAGUCUUCCAUCAUGAAUUCAUUAUAUGUACUUAAAAUUUAGAUGCAUUGUUAACUGUUUUGGUGAACUCAUUAUCCCACCCAAAACAAAAAUGUGAAAGACUGCCAAGUUCGAUAAUAUGGGAAUGCUUCGCCUAUAAAAGAAGUGAGAUCUGAAUAAGUACCAAGUUCCAUACACAUACCUCAGUUAAAAAUAGUUACUUUUUAAUGAUGUUACUUGGCAAGUUUUCAUACACCUUGUUAUAAACCUACUAAACGCAAUGAAUCAAGUAUUUAAUUUUCUAUUAAAACUUGCCAAGUAACAUCAUUAAAAAGUAACUAUUUUUAACUGAGGUAUGUGUAUGGAACUUGUUACUUAUUCAGAUCUCACUUCUGUUAUAGGCGAAGCAUUCCCAUAUUAUCGAACUUGGCAGUCUUUCACAUUUUUGUUUUGGGUGGGAUUUCAUUUAUUUUUGUAAGGUUGUUUAUUUUUUUUUUCUUAUGAUGAAGUUAGUUAAAGAAAUGUCUCAUUUAUACUAUCUUUUAGAUUUUUUAAUAUGCACUAUGUUUCUUACAAAGAAAUGAACUAGAUUAACUAAAUGGACUAGAUUUACCAACUGACUGAUAUGACAUGUUAUCAUAUAUUAUUUUCGUGGAUCAAAGUUACACAUUCGUUAUUUUCGAAAGUGAUUCACACUUGGCCGUUUUCAGAUUUUUACUCUACUUUGACUAAAUACAAACCUUUGUACCAUUCGAAGAUAUAUUAUAUAAAUAUAGAUAAAAUUAGUUCGUUUUAGUUCCUUAGGGGUAUAAAUUUACACCGGGUAUAAAACACCUUCAUUAUUUUGAAACCGACUCACACUUGGCCAUUUUCAGAUUUUUCCCUUUACUUUGACAUAAAGACCUACCUCCAUGCCAAAUUUCAAGUCAAUACGACCAUUGGAAGUGGUCUAGGUUUUUGAUGAGUGAGUCAGUGAAUCAGUCAGUCAGUGAGUGUAUAGUAAAAAUAGCGAUUUUCUGACGUCAAUAUCUCAAGAACUACAAUAGGUAUAUUAAUGAAAUUUUGUAUUUUAGAUAAGUGAGGGGGUCUCAACAGAUACUAGAAAUUUGAUAUGCGUAAAUAAAAUAGAUUUUGAGUUACAGGGGGGUCGAAUUUGGCCCGAAAUGGUUCGUGUAAUAUAACCCACGGCCGGUGUGUCGCUUUUUUUGCUCGAACUUGGCGGACACACUGCCGUGUGUCUAGAUAUGUUGAGGUGCAUUUCCAUCGAUUCCAAUUUCAUACUAUGAAGUUUGUCUACUCAAUAUCUAUGACCUCUCUAGACGACUGUGUCGUGGUGCUCAAAAAGUAAAAUAAUAUAUAAAAAUAUGUAACAAAUUUUAUUUAAUAACUGAAUCAUAUUCAUGAAAUUAUCUUAUUCGAUUCCAUCAAUUAAAUUUCUUCUUUUACUUUAUGUUAUUAAUAAAUUAUUAUGUUAAUAUCUGUUCUAUAUGUUUAUAUUGGACGAAAUAACUUAUGGACAUGUUUUCUAAAUUGGAUAAUUUAUAAAUACCUAAUUCUUAUAUAUAAAUUCGUUUGUUUAUUAUUUAAAGAGCAAUCAUUCCAAUCUUUUUACUUAGAUUAUAAGUAGUUCGUAGUGUUGACAAGGGUUACUGCAAAGGUUCGUCCGAUAAAGUUUAGUUAUUUUUGCUCCGAUAUAAAGGAGAGGCCGUUUAUGCGGUAAUCUAAACUCUAACCGUCGUACCACAAAAACUUUUAAACAUCUGUUGAAUACUUGUCUAAAAAAAUGUCAGACGUUGAAAUAAGGUCCGUUUUGCAGCCUAACUUUUUUAGAUAAGUGUUCAACAGAUGUUUAAGUUCUUGUGAUUUUUUUUGUGGUAGCUACCUUAGCAUUUGAAAAAGAGCUCAAAAAACUGGCAGUGUAUAAAGGGCUCAACUGUUGCAAUAUCUAUUUGAAUUCGUUUUUAGGCUGUGUUCAAAUCAAACUGACUGUGAGCGAAACGUUACGCAAUUUAUUGUAUUUUCAUACAUAUUCACUUUUUCGUUCACAUCUCACUGACGAUAGGUUAUGCGUCAUAUGGAUGAACGCUGACAUUCGGCGGCUGACAGUCAGUCUGCUUUGAACGCAGCCUCAAGAUGAGAGGCGAAUAAUAUAGUGAAUUUGUGAAAUAUGUGAAAUUUCUUUAGAUAGAGGAUUUGGUAGGUUUUUUUUUCAAUUGUUUUUUGUUGUACUGUAGAAGCGAACGCUAUUUAUCAAAAAAAAUGUGUGUGAAAAGAUUACUAAGUUAGCUUAAUAACCGCCAGUUGCACAAAGCUCCAUUAAAGUUUAAGCUUCUUUAAAUCUAUUCUUUAAAGUGACAGCAAUAGAUUUAAUGAAGUUUUGACUUUAAUGGAGCUUUUUGCACCUGACUGUAAGGUAGCUACGUUACUGUCUGAGCUGAGCAUUUACAUAAUAUACCAUAGCUAGCGAAAUAAUAAGAGGUGAAUUGUAGCAAAACUUGCGUUAUGGGUUAAACACACUGAAAAUAGUGUAAAUGUUUAUCCGUUCCACUAUGACCACUAUAGUAUGAAUUUGAAUUUUAACUUAUAUGUAAAUAAUUGUGGAAAGCAGAUUAAAUUUUUCAGUGUGACUGGUCCCAACGCAUGGCCAACCAAAUACACUUUGUUACCGAUUUCCAAAAUGUAAAUAAUAAUAAUCUGCAAAGAUUACGACUAUGAUCAUCGCAUUUAAGUAAUAUAUUGUAAAGUACUAAGACCUUUAUUUGACAGAAAUAUACCUUAUACAUAUUUUAUGUACUAUAUAUUUGUGAAAUAUACUUUUUUAAAGGGUAAAGCUGU